AUGAAAGAGCUAGUCGGGAUAAGUCCGUCACGUGCAUCUUCGUCUUCAGAGUCACGUGGAAUUUCCACGCUAGACCAGCAUGGGACUAGCGUGCAACCCCAGCACAACACGAUUGUCUACUGUCCCUUAGAGGCCCGUGAUUCUAAUCAGAGCUCUGCACACGACACUGCUAUUGAUUCGGAUUCGAGCGAUAGUGUCGUUACUGUCAUUGGCUCGACUGUAUCCGCCACCAUCGCGGACGAUACUUCCACCUCCCCUUCCAAGGCCUUCACGCGGGGGCAUCGCCGUCGCUCCACGCACGUUACUCGCCGUGACCUUGAGAAGUUUCAAUCGGAGGUCCUAGGCGUUGAAAACCACGCUUCCUGGUUUGACGAGGAUAACGGCACUCCACAAUCCUUCACUCCUGACGACCCUCAACUCGACGAACUGAACCGCGCUUUCGCUGACGCCGACGUCUCCAUGAACACCAACUCCGCCAACAUGGUUAGCAACGGUACCGGUAACUACUCGGGCUACGUGGAGAGCUCCAUGGGGCAGAUGAACGUGCCCAACAUGCCUCCCCGUCAACCCCCGUCUCCAGCCCAGUCUCCCGCCCCCUCCCACUCUUCGGUCAUUGCUCAGAUCAACGGCGGUGGCAUGGGUGCCAUGAGCGCGGGACAUCCGAUGAACGCGGGUCACCAGAUGGACUUGCAUCACCUUUACGAGAUGGUGGGGGAACUGAGUGAUGUCUUGAAGCACAACCGCGAUGUGGCCAAGAACAUCGUCGCAAAUGCGGAGGAGAUUGCGAAGAACGGAAUCGCCGAAAGUUCUAGUACGAAUGGCCAGCAGACCGAGAAUCUGACUGCCCGUAUUGCCGAACUCGAACGUGCUCUUGCCAAGGAAAAGCUUCAAAGUGCUGAACACAAGCGCCAUCGCGAGGAGAACCUGCAGAUGAUCCGGGAUUUCGAGAGUGGAGUGGGUGUCAUGGUUGAGCAAAUCCGCCACUACUGCCAGAACAACAACGUCCAUUAUCUCGCCCAGAAGAGACAUUACAACAAUCUCCUGCAGGCUGAGCGCGACGCCCAUCUGGAAAGUCGACUUGAUCGGGACUACUGGCACGCACAAACCAUGAAAUGCGCAGAGAUCAUCCGCACUGCCCAUCGUCUCAAGUGCGAAGAAGAUGACGUCCCUACCCGUGUCAUCUGCGGUCUACAGAAUGAGGUUCGCGCGUACCGCUUUGCGCUGGGCAUGGAAGCCGAGAAACCCGAGGAAGAGUAUGGCUGGGAAUAUCUCAAGAAUAUCCCCGGUCUGGAGUAA